GCUGAUCGUUUUCGGACUCAUUACUAGUAUUUAAAGUCACUGUUAUAAAAUUAAAUAAAUUUGCUUUCAUACAAUUGCUUAUCACUAUUAAAAUAAUUACUAAAAGCAUAUAUUUUUUGCAGCUUUGCGUCCAGGAAUGUUUCGUGAUCCAUUUUUUAAUAUUUAUCUACCAAAUUACCUAAAUUAUGGAGCUCUUGGUUCUUUGAUCGCUUAUGAAUUAGCCCAUGUAUUCGAUGAUACAGGUCGGCAGCUUGAUAAAGAUGGAAACGCAGUUCAAUGGUGGAGUGACUACGCAGAGAAACGUUUCAAAGAGAACGCCCAAUGCUUAGUAAAGCAGUACAGAAUUAAUACGAAUAUUUAUAUAGGUACAAGUGAGGCAGACGGAAGAAAGGCAGAAGAAGAAAUAAUAUCUGGCAUUGGAGGUCUGAAAGCAGCUUACUGGGCGUAUCAAGCAUGGGUAGUACAGCACAGAAUGGAGCCAAAACUUUCGACACUCAAAUUUUCACCGAAUCAGUUAUUCUGGAUGCGGGCUGAGAACAUAUGGUGUGAGAAAGCUGAUCCAACACAUACACUACGUAGCGUUCUCGCCGGAUCACGCAUUCCGCAAAAUUUAAGAGUGAUGGGAUCAUUGUCCAACCUACCAGAGUUUGCCGAAGAUUUCUGUUGCUCAUUUGAUAUAACAACAGAUCAACAAAACAGAUGCCAAGUUUGGUAA